UGGAAGAAUCUGAUCUGAAACGGUUUAGUCCGGGGCUGGGUGGUGCUGAGAUUCGUAGCCCGGAGCCGUCGCGCCGUCUAAAAAAUGGACUUUCGCGGUAAAAAGUACGAACGGGGCAGCGACUGGUCCGAUCCAGAGGUGGCAGAAUUGUUGCACCUGUGGGCGGACGAUUCCCUCCAAAUUGAGCUGGAGAGUUGUCUGAGAAAUCAGCACGUCUUCAAUCGGAUUGCGGAGGUUUUGCGAGAGAAAGGAAUCCUCCGCACCGGGGACGAAUGUAGGGAGAAAAUUAAGAAGAUGAAGCUGGACUAUCGGCGCAUCAAGGACAAUCAAAAGACCGUGCGCGGAGGGCGGACGUGGAAGUUUUAUGAAGUCAUGGAUCGGGUUUUGAAUAACCGUCCGCCUGUUUCCUACUCUUCCCUGGGGGGGACUGUCACAGCCCACCAAGUGCUUCAAGGAACACCCGCUUCGGACGCGUUCCUCCUGCACAACAUCCCAGCAGCUGCGUUCAGUUCUCUGUCCUCGGGUUCUCUCCUGUUCGGACACCCGCCCAAGCCGGGAGAUCUACUGGAGAUCAAACGUGAGGACGUGGACUCUGACAACGGGCUGCGGAACUCCGACCCGCAGCCGCCCGAGCUGCUGUACCAGAUCAGCUCGGGAGAAGAGCCGGAAGCAAACAGUAAAUCUCUGGGUCUCGACCAGGAGGAUUUGGCGGAGAUGGGACGCGGAGAAGGGGUAGCGAACGCCCGCUUCUCCCCCUCAGGGUUCAGCGAUCAGAACAUGCCCAGCUCCUCCGGAACAGGGGUCUCCAUGGUGACUCCCCCCGCAGGGGGGGGCCAGGCUGGGGAGGAGGGGCAGGGGAGCCGCAGGGGCCCGGAGCCGCAGGGGCCCGGCCUGCUCCGGCAGCGGAAGAGGCGGCGGGCGGGGCGUGGGGGCGGGGGCGAGGGGAGGUGCCGGGCGGGGCUGGACGCGGCCCUGGUGCGGUUCCUGGGCUGGCAGCGGGAGGUGGAGGAGCGGCUGAUCUCCCUGGAGGAGGCGCGGAUGGAGCGGGAGGCGCAGGCCGAGGAGCGACGGGAGCGGGCGGAGCAGCAGCGGGCGGAGCAGGACCGCCAGCACGAGCUCCGCCUUUUCAGCGUCUUCGCCUCCGCCCUGUCGGCCGUCGGGACUGGCAUCAGCUCCACCUCCUCCCCCUCCUGUCCGCUCGGCUCCGCCCCAAAGCCCGCCCGGCCUCCAGGCCCGGCCGAACCCGAGCGCGACCCCCCAGCGCCCCCAGACAGAGCCUGCCUGUCCUCCCGGGGGCAUCGCAUGUGCCGGCAGCAGAGCAUCCUGCAGGAGGGCUUCCUCCUGUACCAGAACGACAAGCACCACUUCACCAGAAACCACAACGGAAUCAUCAAUAUGGGAACCAGUGAGAACAAGCUGUGUUACGACCUGCUGUCGAAACGGCUGAUGCAGGCAGACAUGCUCCACAUGGAUCCUGCUCUCCUGGAGUACCCUGACUGGAAAGGCCAUUCCUUCCUGAGAGAGGAAGUGGCCAGUUUCCUGACUGAGUACUGCAAGGCCCCUAGUCCACUGGAGGCAGAGAAUGUUGUGGUGAUGAACGGCUGCAGUUCCUUGUUCUCCAGCAUCGCUGCGGUGACCUGUGAUCCUGGCGAUGCUAUUCUCGUCCCAACCCCCUUCUACGGGGCGAUCCGGGAGGACGUGGCGCUGUACAGUGGGGUGCGGCUCGUUCACACUCACCUGGACUGCCAGCCCGGUGGUGGUGAUGACCGGCCUUUCCUGCUCACCGUGGAGAAACUAGAGAAGAGCAUGGAGCAGGCCAAGGCAGAGGGUGUGCGGGUCAGAGCCGUCAUCUUUGUGAACCCCCACAAUCCCCUGGGAGAAAUCUACUCCGCAGAGGAAAUGACAGCCUUUCUGGAGUUUGCCAAGCGGAACGAGCUGCAUGCCAUUGUUGAUGAGGUGUACAUGCUGUCUGUUUUCGAUGAGUCUGCCUCUUUCCAAAGCGUCCUCAGCUUCGACAGGUUGCCGGAUGUCCAACGGACGCAUGUGAUGUGGGGCAUGAGUAAGGACUUUGCAGCUGCAGGUCUGCGUAUGGGCGUGGUUUACUCUCAGAACCAGGACUUUGUGUUGGCGCUGGCUCAGCUGGCGUUCUGCCACGGCAUCCCGGGUCCCUCCCAGCACCAAGUGGCACAGCUGCUCCGGGAUAGGGACUGGGUGAGCCGGGAGUUCCUGCCCCAGAACCACGCCCGCAUGGCGGCCGCUCAUCGCUACGUUUCGGGGGCGCUGCGGGGCCUGGGGAUCCCCUACCUGCACCGCUCCUCCGGGUUCUACAUCUGGGCCGACUUCCGCAAGGCGCUGUCGGAGCAGAGUUUCCUGGCGGAGAGGAAGUUGUGGCAGUGUUUCAUCAGGCACAAGGUCCUGGUGAGCCCCGGAGAGGCCUUCAGCUGUGCCACGCCCGGCUGGUUCCGCAUCAUCUUCACCGACCAGGAGGAACGGCUUCAGCUGGGCAUGCAGAGACUGAGGAAGGCCCUGGAGGAGCUGGGGAGGGUGUCCGGUCAGGGGGCGGAGAACGGGGACGAGAAGGCGGGGCUCCAGAGCACAGCUGACGAGGCGGAGCCUAAACGGGACGGUCACGGCCCCCCUGCAGCCCCCCCCCUCCGUGGCCACUGCGCUGCCUCCUCAUUGGCUGAUGAGGAUUUCGUCACACUGGACCUCCAGGCCACUCAGCCCGCCGCUGGCUCCGCCCUGGACUCUCUGAUUGGCACGCUGCGACAGCAGAUCCGCUCCUCCGAUUGGCUGGAGAAGAACACUCCGGAACUGUCCGCCGGGGAAGAUCCAGAACUCCUGGACGUGUUCCGAGACCUGCUGCAGCGCGCCCGCAAGUAGAGGCGGAGUCUUGGGGAGGGUCUUUCAACCACCAUGGCCGCCUGAUCUGGACUCCGCCCCGAUCUGGACACACCCUGGUCUGGACUCCACCCUGGUCUGGCCUUCGCCCUGGUGCAGACUCUGCCUGGUCUGGACUCCACCCCAAUCUGGACUCCGCCCUGGUCUGGACUCCGCCCCGGUCUGGACUCCUCCCAGUCUGGACCCACCCUGGUCUGGACUUCGCCCUGGGUCUCUGGGUCCCUGGGAAACAGACUCCUGUGCUAUUCCUUUAUCAGGGUUUUAGAUGUUUUUUAUUUCUGUGGUUCUGUUCGGUAUCAGCCGUCCACCGCGCUCAGACCUGAUUGGCUGAAGCAGUUCUGCUCUCACGCUGUGAAUCCUGCCCCUGUUUUACCCCUUCCCUGAGUCCUCCGCGUACUGCGCGUGGACUGAGGGUUUUAAUUUUGUGCCCUUUACGUUUGUUACCCGUUGUUACCCGAGUUGCGAACGUGAUAAUAAAAUUUAAGAUGUCUGUUUCAAGAAGGA